CUCCGGAGCUCCCCACCCCUCACUUCUACCCGGCUACCCGCGCUAAAAUUAGCCACGGCACGGGCACGGACAAACACAAGGGGAGCUGAGGGAAGCGAGACCCAUCACCCGGUCACUCAUCCCACUCCACCACCACCUCCUCUCUCCCCUCUGCAGCUGCAGUGCGCGUCCGGUACAUCUGCUCCUUCUACAGUCCUCUCUCUCCCCUCUCGACUGCUCAGCUCGAGUCUUCAGUCUUCUGUGUGUUUGUACAAACCACGGACGGAGGACGAGGAGAGGGAUCAGGGGCGCGCGCCCAGUGGUGGAGGCAAAUCGGUCACAUCCAGCGCCAGAGAAGAUCCACCGGUUAAUGCCGGGGAUCGGUCGUCUCCGUCUCAUCUAGCUCGCCACCUAGCUUAGCUUCUCUGUGCUGCGCAUGGCCGCGCUGUAGCUGAAGGCUAGGCUAGAUCCUCCGGUCCUGCACCGAAGAAAGCGGCCGCGCGCCAAGGGCGGCAGAGGAACAAGGAAGCAGGGAAAAGGAUGGGGGAGAAGCAUGCGCCGGACGCGGCGGCGGCGGCGGGGGACCAGGACGACGGCCAGGCUGCUGCGGCGGCGGCGCUGGACGGCGUCCAGUACUGCAGCGAGCACCCCUACCGCCCCGGGAGCGCCGCGGCGGCGGCGGCGGUCGCCGGCGGGGGGAUAUGCGCCUUCUGCCUGCAGGAGAAGCUGGGACGCCUCGUGUCAUCCUCCAAGUCCAGCCCCUUCUUCCCGCUCGGUGGCCACCCGCCGCCCUCGGGGUCCCCUUCGUCGCCCCCGUCCUUCCGCCGCGCCGCCGAGCCCCCGCCGCCGCUCCACCCGUCCGCCGCCUCGCGCAAGUUCAUGUCUUUCCACCGGAAGAAGACGCCCUCCUCCUCGUCGUCGUCGUCAUCCUCCGCCUCCGCGGCGCUCUCCGCGGGGGGCGGCGGGCUGAAGCGGAGCAAGUCCGUGGCGCCCAGGCCCGAGGAGCAGUUCCCCUACUCGUCGUCGGCGUCGUCGCUGGCGGCCGAGAGCCCGCGGAAGAAGAGCUUCUGGUCCUUCCUCUACCUUUCGUCCUCGCCCGCGUACGCGCACCAGGCCGCGGCAUCCGCGCCGUACGCCGCCAGCGGGGGCGCCGCCGCCGCGAGGAGGAAGUCGGUGUCCGUGGCGUCGGCCGCGUGGGCGUCCAGGGCUAACAACUCUGGCGCGCAGGACCAGCAGCAGCCGCCCGGCGGCGCGACGGCGGCGUCAUCCACUCUUGGGCGGACGCUGGAGGCCAUCGGCGAGCCCGAGAGCCCCAGCCAGAGCCAGGUGUCGUCGUCCUCGUCCUUCGGCCGGAAGGUGGCACGCUCGCGCUCAGUGGGCUGCGGCAGCCGCAGCUUCUCCGGCGACUUCCUGGAGCGCCUCUCCAACGGCUUCGGCGACUGCACGCUCCGGCGCGUGGAGUCCCACCGCGAGCCCAAACCCCACAAGAUGCGCGGCGGCGGCGGCGGCGGCGGCGGAGGCCUCGGCCACCGCGGCGGCGCCAGCGCGGACGACGAUGAUGACGAGGACGACGAGUACGAGCACCAGCACCGGAUCAAGUGCGCGGGGUUCUUCGGCGGCCUGGGCCCCGCGUCGUCCUCCUACUGGCUCUCCGCGGCCGAGGGCGUCGCUGGCGGCGUCAGCAGCGGCACGAGGAAGUCCGGCGGCCGGAGCCACCGGAGCUGGGCGUGGGCGCUGGCGAGCCCCAUGAGGGCGUUCCGGCCGACGACGACCUCGACCUCCACGAAGACCAUCACCGUCGUGCCGCCCAGCCACGUGACCAGCAACGGCAACACCUCGGCGUCGGCAUUGUCCAUAUCGUCCCCGACGCCGCCGUCCUCAGAGGCAGCAGCAGCUCCAAUGGCGACGGUGACGGCCGCGAAUUGAAACUCGAAGCUGCAUGUCCGGUUAAUCACCCAUCCUUUCCUCGAUUCCCUGCUCUUCUUGAUUCACCGCAUAUACAUGUCACCCUCACUCGCUGCCGUUCCCUGUUUGUGCGUGUGUAAUUUCAACGACAAACUGCUCAUAAGUUGAAAAAUGUGCUGUGGAUUUUGGGUUGAUCGUGCUGCUAUUACCGACGUCUUGUGUCUGUUCGCGUGGGCACUGCUUUAGACUAACAAUGGUACACCUGAAUUUGUUGAUCUGUUCAA